AUGGAGCAUGUGCACGAAGGUCUAAUCGACUUGGAUGAUGGUUUAAGCAUCAUCGCCUCUAAACUUCUCGCUGCCUGGGACUGGAAGACCAAAGAAAAGGCCUUCGAAAUGGGACACGAGCUGUCUCCUCGAAGUAUGUCUCCUGCCUCCUCUUUUGAUUCUGUCUGUUCUUCUCCAGAGAUGACGAAUACCGCAGGAAAACCCUUGACCAGUCUUCAGCAUUCUGGUUUUCAAAGCCUUACUAACGACGUAUUGCCCGCCACCGCCAACCACAAACAAACAAACAAACCGAGGAUGUCGACCAAACGUCGGAUGAAAGCCAGCGAGAGAGAGAAAAUGAGAAUGAGGAAUCUGGCGGAUGCCUUGCAUCACCUUCGAGAUUAUUUGCCUCCUGACUACAGCCAAAGAGGACAACCCCUCACCAAAAUACAGACCCUUAAAUACACCAUCCAAUAUAUAAAUGAACUUUCCGACCUCCUUAGAAAAAAUGGGGAAGGGUUUGAGUAG